GUGAUCUCACCUGCUCCUGCUCCUCCCACCCUCACCCACCUCCUUCGCAGCACUAGAAGCAAUAGAGAUGCAGCAGUACAAGAAUAUCGUGGUCCUUGGAGCGGCAUACGGAGGCCAGGCUGCUGCGAAGAUCUUGGCCGAGGGUGUGUCGAAGCUUUCCGGGAACUGGAGGGUAGUGGUGAUCGACAGAAAUACACACUUCAACCAUGUCUACGCUUUCCCCCGCUUCUCAGUCGUCCCAGGUCAUGAGUUCAAAGCGUUCAUUCGCUACGACGGCACCAUGCCCUGCGACAAGCCCGGCGGCCUCCUCCCCCUCACCGCCAGCAUCCUCUCCCUCUCCGCCCACUCCGUCACCCUCGACCGCGCCUUCCCCGAGCACGGCUUCCCAACGCCAGAGAUCCCCUUUGAGUACGCGAUCUACGCGCUCGGUGGCUCCCUGCCCGCACCCGUGAACCUUUGGGGCCCACGGCUCGAUGCGCAGCUGAAAGCGGACGCGAAGGCUUCGGGCAUCUUGGGAUCGAAGCCGAAUGGUAUGGAGUGGCUGCAGUGCGCGCAGGGGGUGAUUGGAAAGGCGCGGUCAGUGUUGGUCGUUGGUGGGGGCGCGCUGGGUAUUCAGCUUGCCACUGAUAUCGCGGACGUGCACCCGAAGAAGAGAGUAACACUUGUGCAUUCGCGCGGGAGGUUCAUGCCGCGAUUCUCGCAGGAGAUGCAUGAUGAGAUCAUCCGUCAACUCGACCACCUGAACGUCAACGUCCAUCUCAACGAGCGUAUCGACCUGAAGUCCGCCGCGGAGAGGAAGACGAACGACAAGGGGGAGCGUAUCGUACUUACCGAGUCUGGAAAGGAACUGGCCGCAGAUCUCAUCCUCAUGUGCACCGGCCAAAAGCCCAACACCGAAGUGCUCACCACGCUCGAUCCCUCCCUCAUCGCCCCCAACGGCCGCGCGCGCGUCACCAGAACUCUGCAGCUCGGCUCGCCCGCUUCCUCGCAGCCCGACGCCACCGACUCCCUUGCGUCGCAGCUUGACGCUCUACAGCUCGACGCCUCCGCGCCCCAGCCCGGCGCCUCCACCUCCCCCGCCUACCCGCAAAUAUUCGCCGCCGGCGACUGCGCGGACGCCUUCAACGCCCUCUGUGCUGGUCACAACGCGUACUACCAGGGGCAGCUUGCAGCGAGAAACGUUUUACGGCUGGCAAGGAAUGAGGAGAAACCAGACGAAGAGAAGGAGGUGCUCGAAAAGUACGAGCCUCUUCCGCCGGCAAUCAAGGUUUCGCUUGGAUUGAACCGCGGCGUCACGCAAAGUGGCAAUGACCCCGUUGUCAUCUCCGAGAAGGGCUACGUCGAUCUGCAGUGCGCGCUCAUGUGGGAGUUCCACGGGCACAAGAUCACGUGCGACGACGAUAUGAGGGAUUGAGGAGUGAGUUGGGAUUGACAUCAAUGGGCGAUGCCUCAUUCGAGUAAGAACAUCAUUAUACCUUGGUUGUAUAUACUGUACAAAUCAGCAGCGGCACACAAAGACUGGGACCGCGCCCAUCGUGCUUGCUCGUCGCAAAGUGCCCGAAUGGGUUGCGACCCAUACAACAAAGCGCGGGAUCAAUGGAACAAUG